AAACAGAAUCACAGGUAGCAGAGCCGCUACACGAGUCGCGGUUAAACCCUCAAAACCCCACGCACUUGCUUCUCUGACCUCUCAACUCUCUAGCCGUCUUUCACCUUCAAAGCCUCACUCUUCUAUUGUUUUGCCUGGGCAAUCACCUGUUUUGGUUUCUGAACAAGACACAAGGGGUUCAGAAGUAAUGGGAAAGCCUUCAAAGCGGUCGAGAAAGGCGCCUGAAAGUGACAGUGAUUUUGAGGACGGUGGUGAUUUGGAUAGCCAUGAGCUAAAUAUGGAGGAAGAGGAGGAUGAAUUUGAGGACGAGGAGGAUGAAAAAUCUGGUAAUGAAGAAGAAUCCGGUAGCGGAGAAGAAGAGGAUGAAGAAGAGGGGGAAGAAGAAAAUGGUAAUAAAGAUGCUGAGAUGGAAGAACUUGAGAAACAAUACAUGGAUAUUCGUCACGAAGAGCAAGAUAUUCUCAAGAAUCUAAAGCAUCACAAGGGUGAAGAUCUUCUCAAAGGUCAAGCACUGAAGAACCAAAAGGCUAUCUGGGACAAAACUCUUGAGUUCAGAUUCUUGCUUCAGAAAGCGUUCUCAAGUUCAAAUAGAUUACCACAGGAGCCAGUUAGGUCUCUGUUCUGUGGAUCACAUGAGGAUGUGAAUGCAGCAUAUUCCGAUCUAGUUACAUCAUCAAAGAAAACUUUGAAUUCUCUUCUGGAACUGCAAGAGGCUUUGGUUGAAAAGAGCCCAUCUAUCACACAAGAUGCAACAACUGGUAACUCUGGACGAUCUAAGCAUUCAGAACCAUCUAAGAACAUUGGUGUUGAUGGUGAUGAGGAUUGGUCAAGGAUUUCUAACUGGCUUUCAAGAAUAGCUACUUUCAGAAACAAAGAAAUUGACAAAUGGCAAACGAGGGCACAGGUCAACACAGGUGCUGCUUCUAUUAAGGGCCGACUACAAGCUUUUAAUCAGAGUAUUAGCCAACAAGUUGCUGCCUAUAUGAGAGAUCCAAGCAGAAUGGUUAAACAGAUGCAGAUGAGGCGAUCGGCAGUUGGUGUAUUUGGGACUGUUCUUAAGGGGGAGGAUACUCCAAAGGGAGAGGAAUCCCAAUCUGAUGCUGCUGAGCAAGCUGAUGGUGACCCUGAACUUUUGGAUGACUCGGAGUUUUACCAGCAAUUACUAAAAGAAUUUUUUGAGACAAUUGACCCAACAUCUUCUGAGACGGCCUUUUAUUCACUGAAAAAGAUGCAGUCUAAGAAGAGGAAGAUUGUUGAUAGGCGAGCCUCAAAGAGUCGUAAGAUAAGGUAUAAUGUUCAUGAGAAGAUUGUAAAUUUCAUGGCUCCAGAGCCUAGGGUUCUUCCUCCUAUGUUCCCUGACCUCACUUGUUUGUUCGGAAUGAAGAACUCAAAACCAGCUUCUGUAGUGCGGUAGUGGUAACCCAUGCAUGGCUGAGCAAGCUUUAUAGUCCUUACACCCAAGGCUCUUACAUCUUGUUAUUUAACUGAUUUGAUAUCAUAUUUAAGCUCAUAUGUUCUGUAAUCUACAAAAAUUUUGCAAUGUCAGCCUUGUUUUUUUUUUGGAAACAUACAUAACAAGAAAAGAGGAAGUUCCUGGUGCAUUGCUAA